UUCCUUCCUUGCCAGCCCGCGCGCGACGCCGACCCGCCUCGGCCUCGGCGUUCCAAGUCGUGACCCGUGAGCGCGACCGGGACUGUUGGUUCCGCAGUGCCGGGUCGUGCCGCCGGCCGGCGCCGGCCCGCCCCCCCGCCUAUAAAUUCAGUCGCCUUGGAGCUCCCUUGCCGCCCCCCAACUAUACCAGAGCCUCGGUUCGUUUCGGUGCUUGCCCAUCGAGCAUCGAACUCACCGCCGAGACAGACAAAGCACCACGCCACCCGUUCUCUCCCUCUCUCAGCCCCGUCCACUUGUCGCAUUGCCGAUUCGGUACACGCCGGCCCCGCCAGAUAUAGAGCGAAGCCGAAGGCAGCCAGAGAGCCACUCGGAGCGGUCCGCUUGGUUCGGCAAGGCAGAAGGAUCAGUCCCAGCCUGUUCGGCCGGCCAUGGCGGCGAAGAAGGUCAUACUGAAGCUGGACCUCCACGACGACAAGGAUAAGCAGAGGGUGCUCAAAGCGGUCUCCACGCUCCACGGUAUCGACUCCAUCUCUGUGGAGAUGAAGGACCAGAAGCUGACGGUGAUCGGCCUCGCCGACCCCGUCGACGUCGUGGCCAAGCUGCGCAAGGUCGGGGUAGCUCACAUCCUCUCCGUCGGCCCGGCCAAGGAGGAGAAGAAGGACGACAAGAAGGGCGGGGACAAGAAAGAGGGCGCUAAGGACGGCGACAAGAAGACGGAGGCCAAGCCGCUGUUGGUUUACCCGCCGUGGGUCGCGCAGUACCCCUACACUCCACCACAGUACCCCUACACUCCACCGCAGUACUUCGUCCGCAGCGCCGAGGAGGACCCCAACUCCUGCGUCAUCUGCUGAUGGCGACGCCGAUCGGGAGGUCCCGGUUUUUUCGUAGCUGGCCUGCCUGCCUACCUCGAGCUCCAGCGUCAGUGAUGGCCGAUCGGGCCCCCGGGGGUGUUGGUGGUUGGCUGCUGUGCUCAUCUCUAUCCUUGGGUUGGUUGGCCCGUCCGCAGGUCGUUGUAUGAUGAUGAUGGCCGGAGCAAUUACUUACUAUACACAGGCGAUCCGAGAGUCGUUGGUGGUGGGGUUUCAGGCUGCAGCGCCAUUGCUGAUGAGCGUGUUGUCUAGUGUUCAUAGCAUAUAGUAUCUGGUUUUUGUCCUUGCUGAAAAUAUAAACAUGGCGUGAUAUGAUAUGGCACGAUCUCCUAAAUUACACUUUAACUAUUAA